CCCCGCCUCUGUGCUCGUCCGCGCAGGCCACCGUCAAAGUUCACAACGCGCGCGCCCUGGUCACAUGCUGAGAAGCGCCGGUCCCGUGAUGUGGUCGCGUCGAGCCGUGCCGAUCUGGACGGCGCCUGGAAGUGCGGCGCGGGCUGGUGCGCCCCUGCGGAUGGCGUCUCUUAAACUCUACCACAACGUUAUAUAUUCCCGCACGUCCGCCGCUGCAUUCUUCACCACUUCCUGUGCCAUCCCACAAAAGCAGUCUCUCAAGUCUUGCUUUGCUCAGUUACCGAAUCUAUCUACAACCGAGACCACUUCUUCGAACAGGACUAUGGCAGAGCGCACGAGCACGGAAUGGCUCCAGCAGAGCCUGCACACGCUGAUGAUGUCGCCGUACAUCCAUUUUACGCCCCCGAAGAUCGGGCGUGUGCACGCGCCGGGUCCGAUAGACCUGUUCAGUACGCGGUUCAAUAAUAUGUUUUCCCGCGAGUGCACCGGGGUCGUCGCGGGGCGCGAGGUGGACCGUGAUGGCUUGAAGCAGGCGCUGUUGGCGCUGCAGAGGGAGUGGAGGGAUGAGGCGGCGAGCUUUGCGCCGUCGGCGACGGUGAAGCCGGGGCAUUAUGCGUGUCGUGCGGAUUUUAUCCCGAAGGGACGUGAACAGAUGGAGGAGGUGAGAGCAGAUGCCUCGUUCAUGGAAGAACGCGGCGAGCAGCGAAUCCACCAUCUUUCGCUCGAUGGCGACGCGAGCCUGUUCGUCACCUCCCAUUAAUUGUUCCCUUCACGCCACAACACGCCUAUCUCUCAUGUCAUAAACGCGAUAUGUGACGAUAGGACCGGCGUUCGUCGCUGUGUAUUGUAUUUUCGUGUGAUUGAUUCUCGG